AUGCCCGAAGCAUGCCCGAGGUCCACCGAAUGGCACCUUGCACUUGACUUGCCCAGCAACUUCACGUCGACGUUUGAGAAGAACGACUACGUGCAAGCGCCUAGAUUGUUAGAAAUGUCCGAUAUAAGUCGAUUGUCGGGGCAAUUUGUGCAAGUCUCGUCGCCAGAGCCUCACGUCGUUCUCGUAGAGCUUUCCCGCAAGCCCGUGAAUGCAUUCAGUGAUGAGUUCUGGCAAGAGUACGGACGCGUCUUCGACGCCAUAAGCCAAGAGCACGACGUGCGCGUUGUCGUCCUCACCUCUGCCAACCCCAAGUUUUUCUCCGCCGGGUUGGACCUCAAAAGCUUGAGCGGGUUCGACAAGUACGAGAGCGAGGCCGCACGACGCACCUUACAGCUCAAGGCACAUAUUGACACGUUCCAGAGGAGCAUCGGGGCCGCCGAGCGGUGCCCAUACCCCGUCAUCGUCGCCGUGCACGGCAUCGCCCUCGGGAUCUCCAUAGACAUCAUGACCGCGUGCGACAUUCGCUACGCCGCGUCAGAUGCCACGUUCUCCGUCAAGGAAAUCGACAUUGGCCUGGCUGCGGACGUCGGCACGCUCGCGCGCCUGCCUAAGGUCGCAGGGAACCAGAGCCUCGUCCGCGAAUUCGCGUACACGGCACGCAACUUCUCCGCAGCCGAGGCCGAGAAGGUGGGGCUCGUGUCGAAGGUGGUGCAGGGUGGCCGGGACGAGGUCGUUCAGGCCGCCCUGGAGACUGCAAAACUGAUUGCGUCGAAGUCCCCUGUGGGCGUGCUGGGUACUAAGCACCUGCUGCUGCAUUCGCGGGACCAUACCAUGCAAGACAAUCUCGACUAUACUGCGACUUGGAACGGCGCGAUGAUUCAGACUGGGGACAUUCCGGAGGCCCUCAAGUCCUUCCAGGUGAAACAGAAGCCUGUCUUCUCUCCGUUGAGGAAACCGUCCCCAAAGUUGUAA